AUGCUGCUCAAGACGUCGUUGAGUCUGCUUUGGCUACCUCUGCUUGCUUCAGCAACAAUCUGGCAGAAUGGUCAGAUCAGGCCAAAUGACUAUCCCGAUACCACCAUUUCGCUAGACUCAUAUGGCAAUGAGAUUGAGUGGCAUCGAUAUGGCCCGGACUCACCAGAGCUCUCCUACAAAGGGCGCUGGGACGACCGGUACAUCUCCUGGUGGUCGGCUCCCGGCCUAAAAUUCGGCUUCAAAGCAGACAACGUAGCCAUCACCUUCGGCAAUUACACUUCCCACGGAGUCCUCAUCGCAUAUCGACUUGACGGUCAAGACUGGAUGCUGACGAACGUCACCGCAAACUCCACACAUCUCCUCAUAACCCCUUCCACCACCGGCUGGAAUCUCACAACAUCGAAAGAAGGUCUCCGAACAUUCGAGCUGCGCGUCACAAAUUGGGCAUACGGCGUUCAAAUUGAUUGCAUCCACCUAUCCGGCCCGCAAAACACUCUAGUCAAACUCCCCGACUACACCCGUCGCAUCGAAGUGAUCGGCGACUCCCUCUCCGCAGGCUCCGGCACCACACUCGAAGGAAUCAGCAGCUGGUCCUGGGGCGUAGCCUACGGCCUCGGCGACACAGAAUUCAGCCUGACCGCCUACCCAGGGAUCUGCGUCACCGACACCAACUGCUGGGGAAACCCACGCGGCCAAGUGCAUCAGUGGAGAAAAACCUGCGACACCAGUGGCCGGGCGGUAGAAAUGUAUGGACCGAACCUCACCCACGCUCCGGAUUGGGAUUUCUCCAAACACCCCCACCCGGAUCUCACGAUCAUAAAUAUCGGGACGAAUGAUAAUAACACGCAUAAUAAUGUCACGAGCGAACAGUACACAUCGUCGUAUAUAAAACUACUCACCGACAUCCACGCCACUUACCCCCAUACAAAAAUCAUCAUCUUGUCCCUCUGGUCCGGAUGGGGACCGGUUGGCAGCACAUGGAUUCAGGGAUCCGGGUUCUACAACGAAAUCCAAGAGGUUGUCAAACACUUCAAUAAUGGGAGUCUCAAUAAGAUGGGAGAGGUUGAGGGGGCUUUUCUGUUUUAUUAUAAUACUACGGGUAUUAUGCAGCAUAAUGAUAACUCGCCGAUUUAUCAUCCGACUGAUGUGGGAGCGAUCAAGGUGGCGAGUCAUUUGAUGGAGUAUAUUAGACUUGUGUUUGGGUGGGAGUUCAGGGCGACGGGGCCGGAGGUGCAGAGUGGAACUUUGUAUUGGAAUGAUAUGACUCAGUACUGA